GCGGAUAUCCGGCAUCGCCGCGUCUCUCACAUAAACGCACGCUUCCAUCGGGACAAGACAGCGGCGCGUAGCAAAGGGAACACGGCGAGGCCGGCGAUGGAUGUCAAGUGCCGGCGUCUGGAGGGGAAGGUGGCCGUCGUGACGGCUUCCACGCAGGGCAUCGGCCUCGCCAUCGCCGAGCGCCUCGGCCGGGAGGGCGCCGCGGUCGUCAUCUCCUCCCGCAAGCAGAAAAACGUGGACGAUGCGGUGGAGGGCCUCAGGGCAAAGGGGAUCACCGUGGUCGGGGCCGUCUGCCACGUCUCCAACGCCGAGCAGCGCAAGCACCUUGUUGACACGGCCGUCAAGAAUUUCGGACAUAUUGAUAUUGUUGUCUCCAAUGCCGCUGCAAAUCCUUCUGUGGAUAGCAUACUAGAGAUGAAAGAGUCAGUUCUUGACAAGCUAUGGGACAUUAAUGUCAAAGCUUCUAUUCUUCUACUUCAGGACGCCGCACCACAUUUGAGGAAGGGAUCAUCUGUGAUACUAAUUUCUUCAAUUGCUGGCUAUAAUCCUGAUGCAGCUUUAACGAUGUAUGGUGUUACAAAGACUGCCCUUUUUGGUCUCACGAAGGCUCUUGCUACUGAGAUGGGCCCAAAUACCCGUGUUAACUGUAUAGCUCCUGGGUUUGUUCCUACACGUUUUGCUGGUUUCCUCACAACUAAUGAGACCAUUAGAAAUGAACUUAUCGAGAGGAGCAUAAUUAAGAGAUUGGGUAGCGUGGAAGACAUGGCUUCAGCCGCCGCUUUCCUGGCAUCCGACGAUGCAUCCUUCAUUACAGCUGAAACAAUUGUUGUUGCUGGAGGAACACAAUCAAGACUAUAGAGAAGUUUUGAGGGUCAAUCAGCCACAGUGUCCUGAUCAAUAAAUAUAGUGAUACUAGUAGGUCUAGUAUACAACAUUUCAAGUGCGCUUAGAUAUAAACAAGAUGCAGUGUAAUAAAUUUGAUGUUGGGGUGCCAUACAAUCUUGCAAGGACGAAUGAUAGUCUAUCGGCAUUGUGGUCCGAACAUGUAUUGUUGUAUAACCUGUGUUCAUGUAUAGGAAUUGCGAUGAAGUGACAGAGUAUGCCGCAGCAUUUUAUUUGGGGUUUCAGUUUUUCAGCGGUUUAGUGAUUAUUUGAGCCAAUGAAACAUUGCAGGUUGAAUUGA